CUGAAACUAUACAGAUCUGAUGAGAAAAACUUUUGCCUAAGCAAACUCUUAGCAUUUGUGGUUGAACGUUUGAAGGAAUACUCAUAUAUUGAAUUUCAGAUGGGACAAACUCUCUCCGAACCAGUUGUGGAAAAGCAUUCAAAUUCUGGCGGAGAUAAUUAUGUACAAUAUGGACUAUCGCACAUGCAAGGCUGGCGGAUUUCGAUGGAGGAUGCACAUUGUGCGGUAAUAAAUAUGCUACAACAUUCAGUAAACCCUCAGAUUAAUUUUUUUGGCGUUUUUGAUGGUCAUGGAGGAGAUCGUGUUGCCAAAUAUUGUGGUCAAAACUUGCCAGAAAUUAUAAAAAGACAACACACCUUUUGGAAAGGAGAUUAUGGGGAAGCAUUAAAAUCGGGAUUUUUAGAAACAGACCAAGCAUUGAUGAGGGAUUACGAUAUGCAAGAAGACCCAUCUGGUUGCACUGCUACAACAGUUAUGAUUGUUAAUGAUCAAGUAGUAUAUUGUGCCAAUGCUGGAGAUUCUCGAACCGUUCUUUCACGAAGAGGUAUUGCAGAACCACUUUCUUUUGAUCAUAAACCGAACAUAGAUGUCGAAAAGGCGCGUAUUAAAGCAGCAGGUGGAUUUAUUGACUUUGGUCGUGUCAACGGCAGUUUAGCACUUUCUCGAGCCAUUGGUGAUUUCGAGUACAAAAAGAACAGCCUCCUCCCUCCGGAAAAGCAGAUUGUUACGGCAUUUCCUGACGUAGUUUGUCAUACCAUUGGUCAGGAGGAUGAAUUCUUGGUUUUGGCUUGUGAUGGAAUUUGGGAUUGCAAGAAUUCGCAAGAAGUCGUUGAAUUUGUUCGAAGGGGGAUUGUUGCGAAACAACCUUUGGAAACGAUUGGCGAAAAUUUAAUGGACAGAUGUAUUGCUAGUAACAGUGAGUCUUGCGGAAUUGGUUGUGACAACAUGACAAUCUGUAUUGUGGCUCUCUUACAAGGUCGCACUUUGGAUGAAUGGUAUGACUGGAUAAGUCAUCGUGUCGAAUCCAACAUUGGUCCGUGUGCCCCCGAUUCAUUUGCUGAAUUGCGCGGACCUAACACAGUUGCAGAUGCCCGGAAUAUACAUCUCGAGUACGAUUUUAUUGCAAAUCACGAAUACGGUAGUGGUGAUACUUUUGAUAGUGAUUCCGACGAUGAAUCUAUCAUCUACGACCGUUAUUUCUUGCAUUAAUUAUACAUCUAAUAUAACACCUGGCCGUCUUUUAGGGAAUUAUUUUUUUGAUACCGUUCAGUAUUUUGGCACGCGUAUUUUCAGUUUGAUUUUUUAUAUAAACUCGGACGUUAUUAAUUAUUCCAACUCACCUCGUCGUUUGUUUUAAUUUAUUAUCAUUUCCUUUCUCUCCUUAUCUUUUUUUCUAGUAUCUUCACUUUAUCCUCCUGGCGCUUGAUUCAAUAAUCUAUUCAUAAGGAGCUUCGUAACUUGGUUACACGCCUUUUAUUUUCAAUACCUGAAAGCGUUUCAUCAAAUGACUUCUUCUGAGGGAGACAUUAAGUCGGUUAAAGCUAGAAGUUAUUCUUAUUUUAACUUUAUUUUUAAUACUCUUCAGUACCUCACACUCAGCGAUCCUUUCUUAACCAAAAAAGCGAUUAAGUUUACUUCUUGAUAAUCAUUGAUACGAUUUCUAUCCUUUUGACGACCACCAGAUAUCUGUCAUAUAUUUGAAGCUUCACAAGCGAGCAUACUCUUGCGUUUGGCCAAAACCUUAUACAUUUUAGCUUAUUCUUGUGUUUGUUCUUCAUAGAUCCUGCGCACUUGAUUCAUUCUUUUGACGAUGACGGUAAAGCGCCAAGGAUGAAUAUCUACACUACCACCACCUUUUCACGAUUUAUAGAAUGCAAAUAUUAUUAUGAAUAGCACAGGUCGGUUUUUAUAUUAUCAACACAGCUUUUGUUUUCGUUAGCAAUGCAAGAUGCCAAAAAGAAGCAUAUGUGCUUUUUACAUCAUUAGUCUUGGUACUUUAUUUGCUAAAGAAAAUUGUUUAUUGAACAUCUCUCCCAAUAUCUUUUGAAUUUCAUCCGAUUAGAUACUGUUACGUUUGUUUAUUACAGCAACCCCUUAUUUAUAUUAGAAACAAAAUGGCCUCCUUGAUUUUCAAGUUUAAUAGGUGUUGUAUGAAUAAAAUUUAGUCUUUUUGUUUGUUUUAGUUUAUACAGAAACCUCGCAAUGCA